CAAAGCGAUUCCCUCUCUUGAUGCAUGCUUGAUGGUUGUAACGCUCUCCGAAACUUUCAUCUGAAAGCAAGCUGUUCAUUUUUAAUUUUUUUCCGAAACCUAGAUUUGAUAGCAAUGGAUGCGUAUGAGAAGCUGGAGAAGGUUGGAGAAGGAACAUAUGGCAAGGUAUACAAGGCCAAGGACAGGAAGACUGGGCAAUUGGUAGCCCUCAAGAAGACCAGGCUCGAAUCUGAUGAGGAAGGCGUCCCUCCCACUGCCCUUCGUGAGAUCUCCCUUCUGCAGAUGCUUUCACAGGAUCUUCAUGUUGUAAGGCUGCUGGAUGUGGAGCAUACUGAAAGCAAAACUGGAAAGUCCCUUCUCUACUUGGUUUUUGAAUACAUGGACUCUGACCUAAAGAAAUACAUUGAUACUUUUCGCCGCUCACAGACUAAAAUGCCUCCCAAGCUAAUGAAGAGCUUCAUGUACCAGAUAUGUAAGGGAGUUGCUUUUUGCCACAGUCGUGGUGUAAUGCAUAGAGACUUGAAGCCUCACAAUUUGCUUGUGGAUAAAGAAAAGGGUUUGGUUAAAGUUGCGGAUCUUGGAUUGGGAAGGGCGUUCACCAUUCCUAUCAAAAAGUACACCCAUGAGAUUGUAACUCUCUGGUAUAGAGCACCUGAAGUGCUCUUGGGAACCACUCACUAUUCCACACCUGUUGACAUGUGGUCCGUUGGGUGUAUUUUUGCUGAAAUGUCCAGAAUGCACGCUCUCUUUCAGGGAGAUUCAGAACUGCAACAACUUCUUCAUAUUUUCAGGUAUCUUGGAACUCCAAAUGAAGAUGUAUGGCCAGGAGUGACUAAGUUGAGAGACUGGCAUGCCUAUCCUCAAUGGAAGCAACAAGAUUUAAGCCUCGCUGUUCCUGAUUUGGAACCAAAUGGUGUAGAUUUGUUGUCUAAAAUGUUGAUUUAUGAGCCAUCCAAGAGAAUCUCAGCCAAAAAGGCAAUGCAGCAUCCUUAUUUUGAUGAUCUUGACAAAUCUCAAUUCUGAAUUUAAGCCAGGGGGUUUCUGAAAAUGCCCAAUUUUCAUAGAAACAAUUAGUAUGUACACAGCAAGUGUUGGUUAGUGGGGUGGAUGGGGUACAUGGGUCUCUGAACUGAAAUUUGUUUGUCUGGACAAAUGGAGCAACCAUGGAAGGAGCUUAUAUCUGAAUUUCAAUAUUCCCAUACUUGGGAAGUGUGUCUUUUAUGCAUUCUUUGAAUCCAUAAUUAUUAAUAUAUUAUCCGUUCUGCUGAAAAUUAA